GUCCAAAACAAACUAACUAACAAAAUUAUUAUUCUAGAUCCACCCACCACCAUUCACUAGAGAAUCAAGAUUUCUCUUCUUCUUCUUCUUCUUCCUCAGAGAAGAAUGAAAAACUAGAGAGAAAUUUAGAGUGAGAUAGAUAGAUUGAAGUGAUGGGGAUUGAGGAGAAGAAACACCUAGUUUUCACAUACGGAACCCUGAAAAAGGGUUUUCCAAAUCAUGUUCUUUUAGAAGAUUUGAUAAAAUCAAGUGAUGCUGAAUAUUUAGGGAUUUACAAAUCAAAAAACGAAUACCCAUUAGUCUGUGGUCCGUACAAAGUUCCGUUUCUGUUGAAUUUUCCCGAUUCAGGUAAUCAGAUUUUUGGAGAAUUGUAUUCUGUUUCGAAAUUGGGGUUAGAUCGAAUGGAUGAAUUAGAAGGGAUUAGUAAUGGGCAUUACGAAAGACUUCCUAUUCAGAUUGUUUCUGCUGCUGCUGAAGAUGAAGAAGAAGAAUCAGGAUCAGGUGGAUCGAUUGUUGAAGCUGUGGCUUAUUAUGGACAUAGGAAUUACGCUGAAGAAUUAUGGAAAAGAAAUGGGCAGAAAGGGUUUUCAAAGUAUUCUGAGGAGGAAGCUAAAGGUUAUAUUAGGAGAAAAGAUAGGCCUAAAAAUGUUACUUUUAUUCAACAUAUUAAUCUUUUUAUUUCUGAUUCUUCUUCUUCUGAUUCUAAUUGAAACCAUGUUUUUUUAAUUUCUGUUUCUCAUUAUGACUAUGAUGCUCAAGUAUUUGUGUAAUGUAAUUAGGGGUUGUUUAAUGCAGAUUUAGAAAACUAUGUCAUUGUUAAUUUCUUUGAAUAAUCUGAAAUCUGAAUUUAUCUUACACUUGUCAGGAA